AGUUCAACACUAUUACCUACCAUCAAUACUACUAAUCCUGCUAUAGCUCCUCCUCCACCUAUCUUGGACCCUACAAAACAAUAUCAUCCAGAAUGGGGUGUUAUCAGAGAUCAAAAUUUUCAUCCUUUAACCCUUAAACAUCAACGUGAUUUAGAGAAUUCAUUUAAUGUAGGUUCUGCUAUUGCUGAUUUUUAUUUUUGGCAAGCUAAUCUUGGUGGAUAUUGUAUGGCUGAUAUGGUUCAAGGUAUUGUUGUCUCUUCUGAAGGCGCAUUUGUAUUAGAAAGAAAGAUAGUAGAAGGCGCACCUCAUCCAGGAAGAAGAAGAAAAAAAGCUUGGAUUGGA